AGAUGUUCCCAUAGAGAGCCGCGUGCGCCAGCAGUCGUUUGGGCUACGGUAGCGGGCGGCCUUCCAGCGCCCUCACCCACAGCUGUGCUGGCACGCGAGCGCUCCGCCACCCUUCUCCCUCAAGUUAGGCUUGUCCCGGAAAGCUUCAGACCGACCGCUUUCGCCCCCACCCUCCCCUUCCCGCGCCGGCAAGCGCUCCGGCUGGUUAGAUAGUUAAGGGGGGAUGUCAGAAGUUCCUUCCAUUUCUGGAAAAGCAACUCUGCAGCCGUCGCCGUUUGCCUCCGCGCUGCUUUGGCACCAUGGACACCGCCGCGGUUGCCGCCGUCCCUGUCCGUAUGUUGCUUCUCCUCAGCUUGCUCGGGUUGCCGUCCGGACUCGGGACGCGCCAAAGAAGCUGCCCGGGCUUCUGUCACUGUGAGCCAGACGGGAUGCUCCUGCGGGUGGACUGCGCCGACCUGGGCCUCACAGAUAUGCCCGCCAACCUCAGCGUCUUCACCUCUUACCUUGACCUCAGUAUGAAUAAUAUCUCUAAACUGCCCUUGAACUCUCUGCAUAAACUCCGCUUCCUCGAAGAGCUGCGUCUGGCAGGAAAUAGCUUGACAUAUAUCCCCAGAGGAGCAUUUGCUGGACUCUUUAGACUUAAAAUAUUAAUGCUUCAGAACAACCUGUUAAGACAAGUUCCUUCUGAAGCACUUCAGAACGUACACUCUCUCCAGUCUCUACGGCUUGAUGCUAACCAUAUCAGCUUCAUACCUUCCAACUGUUUCAUCGGCUUGAUGUCACUUAGAUAUCUGUGGCUAGAUGAUAACUCUUUGACUGAAAUUCCAGUGCAAGCUUUCAGAAGUUUGCCAGCACUGCAGGCAAUGACACUUGCACUCAACAAAAUCUACUAUAUUCCAGAUUAUGCUUUUGGAAAUCUCUCCAAUUUAGUAGUGCUGCAUCUUCAUAACAAUAGAAUCAACUUCUUGGGAAAGAAAUGCUUCGAUGGCCUCCAUAACCUAGAGACUUUAGAUUUAAAUUACAAUGAUCUGAAUGAAUUUCCCACUUCUGUCAAUGUCCUCAGAAACCUGAAAGAACUCGGAUUUCAUAAUAAUAACAUAAGGUCCAUACCUGAACAGGCAUUUAUGGGCAACCCGUCACUUACAGCAAUCCAUUUUUAUGAUAAUCCUAUCCAGACUGUGGGAAAGUCUGCUUUUCACCAUUUACCUGAACUCAGAACCCUAACAUUAAAUGGUGCUUCAGAGAUGACAGAAUUUCCUGAUUUGACUGGGACAACAAGCCUGGAAAGCUUGAUCCUUACAGGAGCUCAGAUCACAACUCUUCCAGAAUCAAUUUGUGAGCAUCUCCCUAACCUCCAAGUACUAGACCUUUCAUAUAAUCAUCUGAAAGAAUUGCCCUGUUUUACAGCUUGUGAAAAACUUCAGAAAAUUGCUUUACAUCAUAAUGAAAUAUAUGAAAUCCAUGUGGGUACAUUUCAGCAGCUGGUUGCCCUCCGCUCCCUGGAUUUAGCCUGGAAUAAAAUCUCUAUUAUUCAUGCCAAUGCAUUUUCUUCUUUACUGUCCCUUAUUAAAAUGGAUCUGUCAUCCAACCUUUUGUCUUCUUUUCCUAUAACUGGUCUACAUGGUUUAACUCAUUUAAAAUUAACAGGAAAUUAUCCACUUCAAAGUUUGAUAUCAUCUGAAAACUUUCCAGAACUCAAGGUGAUAGAAAUGCCUUAUACUUAUCAAUGCUGUGCCUUUAGAGCCCAUGACAACUACUAUAAAAUCCAAAAUCAAUUGAACAAAGCUGAGAAUGGCAGUGCUGAUGAAUUUCAAAGGAAAUUUAGUAGCAGUUUCCAUACAAAUGAUGAACAUGCUUUUGAGGAUUUUUCUCUUGACUUCAAUGAAGAUCUGAAAACUCAUCAUUCAAUUCGAUGUUCUCCUUCUCCAGGACCUUUCAAGCCCUGUGAUUGCCUCUUUGGUAGUUGGCUGAUCAGAGUUGGAGUUUGGACCUUAAUACUUUUAGCCUUUAUUUGUAAUAUAUUGGUGAUUGCAACAAUCUUCCAAGUUCCACUGUUCAUCUCCUCCAUAAAGUUUAUAAUUGGACUAAUAGCUAUUAUAAAUACUCUCAUGGUUGUGUCUAGCAGUGUGCUUGCUAGUGUGGAUGCAUUAACCUAUGGAGUCUUUGCUCAAUAUGGAACUUGGUGGGAAGAUGGAAUUGUUUGUCACAUCAUUGGAAUUCUUUCUGUCUUUGCUUCAGAAGCUUCUAUUUUCUUGCUCACCUUAGCAACUGUUGAGCGUGUGUUCUCUGUGAAAUAUAGAACAAAAUUUGAAACCAAACACACUCUAGCUAACAUAAAAAUAGCCAUCAUCUUUUGUUUUGUACUGGCUUUAAUAAUUGCUGUGAUUCCAGUGCUCAGUGACAGCGAAUAUGGAGAUUCUCCCUUAUGCAUACCACUACCUUUUGGAAGACCAUCAAGUGUGGGUUAUACAGUAGCAAUGGUCUUAAUGAACUCUUUUUGUUUUCUUGUAAUGACAGUAGCAUACACAAAACUCUACUGUAGUCUGGACAAGGGAGAAAUGGAUAGUAUUUUGGAUUGCUCCAUGAUCAAACACAUAGCCUUAUUACUUUUUAUUAACUGCAUUCUCUAUUGUCCUGUGGCCAUCUUAUCAUUUUCAUCAAUAUUAAACCUUCAUUUUAUUGGCCCAGAAGUCAUCAAACCAAUACUUUUAGUGAUUGUUCCCCUUCCUGCAUGUCUAAACCCACUUCUAUACAUACUUUUUAAUCCUCAUUUCAGGAAGGACCUGAGAAGGUUUCAAAAGCUUUCAUUUGGAUGGAAAACAUCAAAACAUCCUAGUUUGGUCUCUGUCAAUUCAGAGGAUGCAGAGAAACAGUCGUGUAAUUCAACUCAAGCUCUAGUAACCUUUGCAAGUGCCAGAAUAUCAUACGAUGUUGUUCCCGGCAAUCCAGUAGUGCCAUCAUCCUGCGAAUUCAGUGAAAGCUGUAACCUUUCAUCCAUCACAUUUGUCCCAUGCCACUAACUUCAUUUCAGAGGUAGUGGUGAGCUUUACAAAAAAAUUAAAAAAUAGAUGAAUGUCCAUGUAUUGCUUACAAAGAGAGAAGCAACCAACUACUCUGAUUUUAUGGGAAAGAAAUCUGAAAUUGUGAAAUUUCAGUACAGGUAGUCCUCGACCUACGACCACAAUUGAGUCCAAAAUUUAUGUUGUUAAGUGAGACAUUUGUUAAGUGAGUUUUGCCCCAUUUUAUGACCUUUCUUGCCUCAGCUGUUAAGUGAAUCACUGCACUUCAUAAGUUAGUAACCCGGUUGUUGAGUGAAUCUGACUUCCCCAUCUUGCUUAUGAGAAGAUUGCAAAAGGGGAUCAUUGACCUUGGGACAAAGCAACAGUCAUAAGUAUGAACCAGUUGCCAACCAUCUGAAGUUUGAUCACAUGAUCAUCAGGAUGCUAUAAAGGUUGUAAGUGUGAAAAAUGGUCAUAAGUCAUUUUUUGAAUGGUCACUAAAUGAACUGAUCACCAUUCACAUGCUUCACAACUGGCUUCCCACAAGCAGAGUUAAUGGCAGUGCAGAAGUAAAAUUGCAAGUUGUAUAAGUCACAUAAUGUCAUGCUUAAGGACCAAAUUGGAAAUGGUGUCAUAAGCCUGUCAUGGUCGCAUGAAUUUCUGCUUACUGGCCACAGUACUUAGCAACAGAGUUGCCAAUCCCAAUUGUGAUCAAUUUAGCGAGGAUUCCCUAGUGCUCUUAAAGCUUAAUACAGAUAGUCCUCAAUUUACAACCAUUCAUUUAGUGACCAUUCAAAGUUACAACAACCCUAAAAAAAGCUAACAACCAUUGAAGCUUACCAUGGUCAUGUGAUCAAUAUUCAGUUGCUUGGCAACUGGCAUGAAUUCCCAGAGUCAAGUGAUAACCAUUUGUAGCCUUUCCAGCCAGUUUCCAACAAGCAGUCACUGAGGGAAGCCAGAUCGCUUAAUGAUCACAUGAUUCACUUAACUGCAGUGAAUCACUCAAGAUCUCUGGCAAAAGUCAUAAAAUGGGGCACAUCUCACUUAAUAAUUCUUGCUUAGCAAAGGAAAUGUUGGGCUCAAUUGUGGUCAUAAAUUGAGGACUAUCUAUAUAUAGCUGAGCUGCCCUCAAUAUCCUUUUUGCGAUAUGUCUGAAAGCCAAGAAUGUUACAUGUAUAAAGGAAUCCUGAAAACAGAAAAUACCAAAUAGAAAUGGUUUCUAAUCUUUGCAUAACUUGUUGGCAUCUGAGAUACAGUUGAAUCUUAGGAUAUCUAUUAAUUUAGUGGACUUGUUCAGAAAAGUCAUAAGAAUGAUAUGAACAGAAUAUAUGAAGUUUUGUGCUGUGUCAAUUUUAUCCAAUUGACUUAUGCGUCCAAGGAAAUAACAUGAAGAAAUUAUGCACUAUAUAUAUUUAAAUGUUAUAUUUUGAAACAGUAAAGCCUAGAGUUGGAAGUCUGUUCUUCAAACCAUUCAAAUUAGAGAUCAUCUACCAAUUCUUGAAAAUGUAUCUUACUACAUUUAUUUAAUUUUUCACAGUGGUUUGGUAAUAUAUAAAUUUUUCUCUUAUGACUGUAUUUACAUUACUAUACAAAUUUAGAAAGUGAAAAAAAAAUCUAAGAAAUUAUUUUAAUAUUAAAAUAAACAGUAGAUAACAUAAAUCAGGAUACAAAACAUAAUAUUGUAUAAGCAAGUUAAAUUGCUUAAAAAUUCAAGUAUAAUUUGGAAAUAUUUAAAUUCAUUUCAGAGAAGAUUUUAAAACACAAUGUGUAAAUAUAGAAUUAUUUAUAGUAAAAUCAUACUCAAAUAUGAGAAUAAGGCAUGUAGUUUCAUGUUGCUUUAAUUAGUAGAUUUCUAUUUCCAGCUCAUAUCUGUUUAAAUUUUUGAUCUGUAAAUAUGUAAAUUUCUACUGAAUGUAAAUACUGUUCCUUUUUUCUACUUAUGUUUUAAACAUGUAAUUUGUAAUAAAAUUUGCAGUUACCCUUGAA